UAGUUUUUUUUGGCUGCUAUUUUGCGCAUUCGUAUGUCUUCUCCGAGUCCACGUUUCUUGGAUCCUAGCAAUCCAUCAAAUCCUCUCUUGGAUCCUAACCAUUCAUCGAUUAAAUUGAUACGUGAUUAUUAUAUAAAACGAUCAGUUAUCCAAGAUCACAACCGUCCAUUGCUUUCUCGGUCCAAAGCUAGCGAAGGGCUCUACUUUUUGCAAAUAAAUAAGCCCGGCUCUCCCCCAAUCUAAUAGCCCCAUCGGAGCAUCGAGAGCGCUUUCUCCGUCUCUUCCCUCGAGCUCGAUCGGAGACCGCCAUGGAUUCCGUGGAAGCUCUGGUCGCCCACGUGCAGGCGCUAUCAGGGAACCCCGAGGAGGUCUCCCACCUCCAUUCUCUCCUGAAGCAAUCGGAGGACUCCCUCCGCUCCCAGGCCUCUCGCCUCUUGCCCUUUUUGGAGCAGCUCGACCCUUCCAAGCACUCCCUCGGCUAUCUUUAUCUCCUGGAGGCUUACUCAUCUGGACCAAUUUUGAGGGAGCAAGCUAGUGGUUAUCUUUUGACUGUUGUUGAAUUUAUCAAUUCCUGCUCAGCAGAACAGAUACGUUUGACACCUGAUAAAUUUGUUUCUGUUUGUAAGAGUUUCAAGGAUCAAGUUAUGCAGCUUCAAGUGGCAAUACAGGGAGUGGCUCCCUUGCGGACAGCUAUUCGUAAACUUCAAACUUCCUCUGAACAUUUGACUACCCUACAUCCAGACUUUCUUCUCCUCUGUCUGCUAUCAAAGUGCUACAAAGCUGCCCUGAGCAUUUUGGAUGAUGAUAUCUUUGAGGUGGAUCAGCCAAGGGACCUCUUCCUCUAUUGCUAUUAUGGGGGAAUGAUAAAUAUAGGACUAAAGCGUUUCCAUAAAGCCCUGGAGUGUCUUCACAAUGUUGUUACCGCCCCAAUGACAGCUUUAAAUGCAAUUGCUGUUGAAGCAUUCAAAAAAUAUAUCCUAGUUUCACUUAUUCACAAUGGGCAGGUUCCUUCAUUCCCAAAGUAUACCUCUGCAACUGCUCAGAGGAAUCUUAAAAACUACACUCAGCCAUACAUUGAUUUGGCUAAUUGCUAUGUGACGGGGAAAUUUUCUGAAUUAGAGACCUCCAUCCAGACAAAUAUUGAGAAAUUUCAAGCUGACAACAACCUUGGGUUGGUGAAGCAAGUUCUAUCUUCUCUAUACAAGCGUAAUAUCCAGAGACUGACUCAAACUUACUUGACCCUGUCACUCCAAGAUAUAGCUGGUGCUGUGCAACUCAAGACCCCAAGGGAAGCUGAGAUGCAUGUACUUCGGAUGAUUCAAGAUGGGGAGAUAUUUGCGACAAUAAACCAGAAGGAUGGAAUGGUCAGUUUUCAUGAGGAUCCAGAGCAAUACAAAACUUGUGAGAUGAUAGAGCAUAUUGAUUCAUCAAUCCAGCGGUUAAUGGGAUUGUCAAAGAAGUUGAGUUCAAUAGAUGAGCAUAUUUCAUGUGAUCCUGCUUAUUUGACAAAGAUCAGUAGGGAACGACAAAGGUUUGACUUUGACGAUUUUGAUUCUGUUCCUCACAAGUUUUUACAAACAUGAGUUGGUACAUAUUUGGAAAAGUUCACAUGGUGGUGAACAUUUUCAUGCAAACCUUUCUCAGGCGAUGUGAUGGCAUUUCACUGAUUUUGUUAUCCUUAAGUCUGAUGGACCUUCUUUUUUUACCCGCUGCUGCACAAAAGAUCUUGAUGUUUUGAUGUAACAGAUUAUGAUCUUCGUUUAUUCAUCUUUUCUGUAUGUCAGAAGCAUCAGAUUAGUUUCACUAAAUUGUUACUUGAAAAAAAAAGAUCAUCAGACUUUCUAGCAAUAGCUUCUUAUUAUGAGGUUCGUGGAUCUGCAGACAUCGGUGGUCUGAGUUUACCAGUGAGGAUCUUAUUUUGGAUGUUUCAUGCCACUCCCAUUCCGAUGGUAGCAAAGGUCGCUGUUGUGUUUCACAGUCUAUAACAAUGAUCAACACAGGUAUAUAAAUUGUUCUCAGAUUUAGACUGGAUCUUCAUUUGUAGUCAUGGACCAUCAUUAUUGUCCAAAGUUCAGGCGAGUUUGGAUCCAA